GGAUAUGGAAAUGAACUGCCUUUGCCGAGAAACCUCAGUCAAACCAAGUCUCGAAAACACAAUGGCAAAAGCCCGUGGAAGAGCGUCAUGCUCUUCGUAUAUGUGUCGAUAUCUCUCAUCUUCACAGCUCGCUCGCUUCUUAGAAAACGCUUCGCAACCCAACCGAGUUUUGGAAUAGCUACCCAGUCAGAGGACCCAAGCUCAGAAUUCAGAGACGACGUCUUCCCUUUCCGCCAACCUGCACCAUGGGAUAUCUCGACAGAUUUUCCCUAUCCACGUCUUCUGGAGUACGACGUAACAGAAGGAACAUGGCUGAGAUUGGACGUACAUCCCGUGACAGGAGACAUUGUAUUUGACAUGGCUGGCGAUCUGUAUUGUUUGCCUGCAGAGUCUUACAAGAGUGGAGGAGUUACCACUGCAAACCCCAUUCUCGUCGGGGUUCCAUAUGACUCAGACCCACAUUUCUCGCCCCAGGGAGAUAAGCUCGUGUUCAGAAGUGAUGCAGAGCUUGGGUUUGAAAACAUUUGGGUAAUGCAGUGGUCGGGAUGCGAGGAGAUGAACGUUAGGUCCGGCUCUUCUGACGUGGAGCUUCGGGAAGCCCUGAAAGUGAAAGAGCACGAAGAUAACUUACUUGCCAAGGGUGUGUCUGAGACUGGGCACAGGAAACGUAGAAGGCUGGUCAGGGAAGGUCGUUUGGGAGCGACGCGAGUCACCAAUGAAACUUAUCACUGGGUUUCUGACGCCAGGUUCCAUCCAUCCGGCUCUAAAGUAGUUGCAACGAAGUGGUAUUACACAAGUCGUAGUCUCGGCUCGGGAGAGGGAUGGGAGUAUGAUAUAUCCGAAUGUGCUGAAGUGGGGGUUGGGGCUGGUCGCCGAGUUGUUAGCAGAAGCCUUCCUACGGGUUGGGGUGCCACAAAUUAUGGCGACCAGCAGAUUGGGCCUGAGCAGUUCGUAUGGGCAGGAGAGGAUAAACUUAUAUUCUCAAAGAAUAUACGCGACACACAAGGUACAUUUGCGUACAGUAAAGAUGUUCAUAAGGGGAUAUAUGCUAUUUUCUCCAAAAAUCUCACUUCUGGUAAGACGGAGACAAUAGUUGACGCCUACCCAGGAGGAGCGAGCAGACCUGAACUAUCGCGGGAUGGACGCACACUUGCUUUCGUUCGCCGUGUGCGAGAUAAAGAGGCACUGGUACUAAAGGACCUGCAAAGCGGUACGGUUCACAAUAUAUGGUAUGGUCUCACCUACGACCUCUCGACAAUUUCUGCCCCCAUGGGUACCUAUCCAUCCUUUGCGUUUUCACCGAACGACGAUGCCGUCAUCAUCUGGGCUGCUGGACAAAUAUACUCUGUACCACUAUCCCUCAAUUUGUAUGGCGAAAAAAUUGCUGGGGGCACUCCUUCUCCCAUCCGCUUCGUCGCUCACAUCGAAAAGCGCUUGGCAGAAACUCGGCAAGCUGAGACCGACAUCGUUGGGUUAGAAACCCAAGACCUACAGAGAGUGCACGCUUUUAAAGAACUAAGAGUCGACUACAAAGGGAAGAGGGCAAUAUUCCAGGCAGCCGGCAUCACAUAUAUCCAAGAAGUUGGCCAUGACACCUCUAUCGCUGAGAAGAUCCCUGUGUUGAAACCUGAACAGCCGUAUUAUUCUCCCGCAUUCGUCAGCGGUUUUGAUAACAUUAUACUUCAUGCUCGCUGGUCAGAUGCAGACUUCACAACAUUGGAGAUAGCCAACCUAUCAUCCCAGACUGCCCAUGAGGUGACCGGCCUACCUCUUGGACGAUACUAUUCUCCUGUUUUGUGCGAGUGUAUCGGGACAGGUCGUAUGAUUGCUUUUGUCAAGACUGGUGGUGAUCUUUUGACGGGAGAUAUCGUCGCGACUGCUGGAGAAGGACUCUACAUCGGUCAUAUCACACUUCCAUCUUAUCCCGAUGACAAAGUUAUUGUCAGUGAUCUCAAGUUUGUUUCCAGUGAAGUGGACACGGAAGACGUUAUCAAGCUACAAUUUCUAGACUCAAACAAGAAACUUCUUGUGCAGCAGUCUGAUCGAGCGUUCAUCAUCAAUAUCAAUGCUGGCGCCGACACCUUCGGGAACUAUCUACAUGAAACUCUUGCUUCGGGCAAAGAGACUGACGAAAUUAUUGUUUCUACACGCUCAAAAGGAGACAAAACGGCGGUCUCUGGUGUUGCUUUUGUUAAUCUGUUUCACGUUUAUUAUGUUCCUGGAACUGUUUCUCCAGAAGAACCGGUCUGGAGUAAACCAGGGAAUGCUACCGCCCACCUUGCGAGACUCAGUUUGGAUGGAGGACACGAUGUGACAAUUAGUCGUGACGGAAAGGUUGUUUUUUGGCUUCUUGGCCCUUAUCUACAUUACCUUGAGCUGUCCAAACUGUCUCAAUGCUCAUCAGACAUUAACAAAGAUCCUUCAAACUUUGGUAUAUCCUGCAUAAAGGGUAUUUUGAAUUACCAAGAGAUUUUUGUACAUCACUCUAGUGAUAUUGCAAGAUUGAAACAAGAAGCAUUAGACUUGGAUCCGGCUAACCUCAACGCCGAUCUGCUUGUGAUAAAAAAUGCUACCAUACUCACGAUGGAUAAAGCAUUUUCUGAGAAUGUGCUACACGGCGGUGUUUUGACCGUUAGGGGCGGAGUCAUCGAGUCUGUGAACCUCCAGCACGAAGCAGUUAUCCCCAAUGGUGCGACCGUGGUGGAUGCUGAAGGAGGCUUUGUCAUCCCCGGGUUCAUCGAUGCGCACGCUCAUUGGGAUGGUUUCGAAACUCUUUACCCAGCCGCUUCGUGGGAAUUGGAGACUUUCCUUGCGUAUGGGGUCACUACUCUUCACAACCCCAGUUCGCACAAUGUGCUUGGAUACAUUGAACGCAGUCGUUUAGAGAGUGGGCAAAUGGUUGGCCCGAGGAUAUUCCACACUGGUAGAAUCAUUUAUGGUGCUUCGUCGCUCGCAUACCAUCAAGAUAUUGCCGACUCUGACGAAGCGCGCACCGCAUUGUUGAGAAUAAAAGUUGAAGGUGGUCCCGCAAGCUUCUCCUACAAAAAUUACAACCUUCCUUCGAGAGCUUCCCGCCAGAGACUAUUAUUGGAAGCUCGCAAUUUUUCUAUGCUUUGUGUUCCUGAGGGAGGAAUGAAUUACGACUGGGAUUUGACAUAUAUCAUAGAUGGCAUGACAACCGUGGAACAUAAUCUCCCUGUCGCCAAACUAUAUGACGACAUACUCACACUUUACGCACGAAGCGGAACUGGGGCAACUCCUACUCAUAUCGUCAAUUAUGGUGGUGUGCACGGAGAGCAGGUUGUUUGGGCUACACAAAACGUGCCCAAUGAUCCGAAGCUAAGGCGGUUCACUAGGCAUGACGUACUGGAAGGCCUGUCCGAAUCUACAGCUCGACCUCAUAAUUCGCUGGCCUUCUACAAUACCUCGGAGUCUAUUGCUAACCUGGUCGACAGGGGCCUAUUAGCGCAUAUCGGAGCUCAUGGCGAACCUCCAUUGGGACUUAAUUAUCACGAAGAGAUGUUCUUCGCCACAGUUGGUGGUCUCAGCAACUACGAGGUUAUACGUGCGGCGACAUCUUCGGCAGCGAUCACCUUCGGACUUUAUGAUUCCCUUGGUUCCUUGACUCCUGGAAAACUUGCCGACAUCCUCAUUUAUCCUUCAGGUAUUGAUUUGCUACACGAUGAUAUUCGUACGUCUCGUGAGAUUAGGUACGUGGUAAGAGGUGGGCGUAUAUGGGACGCCGAAACGAUGGUCGAGGUGUGGCCUGUCAAGGGAAGGAAACAAGUCAUUCCACCGAUCAAUGCAGACUAACUUUUGAGAUGCUGUGUCUAAUAUUAACCUGUAAAUUGCUUUAUGCUGUGAAUACACUUUUAUCCACAACGUUGAAUGCAAGUUAUC